AUGAACUCGGUGUGCGCGAAGCCCGCGGGCGCGGGCGCGGGCUACUUCGGCGGGGCCAGGUGCCAGCGGCGGACGCGGGUGCGGGCGUCGGCCGCGGCGGUGUCGGCGCCGGCGACGAUGUACGAGGUGCUGGCGGUGGAGGAGACGGCGGGGCCCGAGGAGAUCAAGGCGGCGUACCGUCGCGCCGCGCGGCGGUGGCACCCGGACGCGUGCCCCGGCGGCGGGGACCGGUUCAUGGCGGCCCGGGAGGCCUACGAGGUGCUCUCCGACCCGGAGCGCAGGCGCGGCUACGACAUCCAGCUCCGCUGCGGCGCGGGCUGCGGCGGCGGGUUCGGCUUCGGCGACGCCGGCUACCGCGCGGCGCGGCGCGCGGGGUUCGCGGACUGGGAGGCGCAGCUGGCCGGGCUACAGUGGCGCGCGGCGGAGCGCCGCGGCCGCGCAGGCGGGGAGACGUGGGGCAGCAGGAUGCGCCGGGCGGCCGCGCAGCAGUCCCGGUAG